GUCAUUUUUUUCUUACAAAAAAAAAUUGCCGUAAACAUUAACGCACGUGGGGCUGUCAAUUAUUAAGACAAAAUUUAAUAGUAGAUCUCAAUUGUUGUUUAAACAAUCAUUGAAAAUGAAAGUUGAUGGAAUUAUUGAAGAAGUGGUAAUUGAGCCCGGGAAAAUUCAACCAAUAAUUGUUAAUUUUCAGAAUGGACAACUGAAAGACACAGAAGCGAGAAAAAUGAAGUCAGGAAUAUUUCACGAUGAGAAAAAAAAUAAAACAGUUCUGGCAAUGUCAAAUGGUCAAGUUGUGUACCGAGGAUAUCGUCCAGACCCCACGAAAGAGCUGACGUACACGAUGCUGGCAAUUCACAACAGAAAAACUGGUAAAAUUCGUCUUAUUCAGGCAGAGAGAUGGCAAGUUGCUCCAGUCCUGGAUCGAGAGCCAGAGAGAAACGACGAGAUCGAUGGAAAUCGACUGAUGAUGCUGAACAGAACAUUUGGAUCUAAAAAAGUCAAACGAAGGACUGAACAGUACGAGAAGAUGAAAGUCAAUGUCGAGGCAGUCCAGCAGCAGCUGGAGGACACCGUCUCCAAGGUGGAAAUUGACAGAGACGAUUUGACACCUAAAAUUGAGGAUCAAUCAACAGCAGAUCUGCCCCCAUGCAACAGAGAUGCUACACUCGUUGAAGAUGUUUAUAGUCUUCACGAUAUCAUUCCCAAGGACCUUCUCAAAACCCUGCAAUCUCAGAUUGAAUAUAUUGAAACCCAAGAGAGAACAUCGGAAUUCUACCUGCGAACAUUGAGAGCCAUCAAGGCCAGCCCCCAAAGCGAGAAGAAGAUCGCAAUACUGGAGUUUAUUUACUCAAUCGUCACCUGGUUGAGUUUGCCAUUGAAAGACGCGAAGAAGAAGACCAACGAAAUUUGUCCAGUGUCUCCAGAAGUUUCUCAACAUAUUCUAGAAACGUACAGCGUGAAUAGUACAUCAGGAAGGUUACGACCAGCAAGUGUCAGAGACAAGGCCUUGAUCCACUGCAUAAUUCUCUCCCUGAUGAUAUCAGGAUUUAAAUUAGAUCUGGAGAUGUUUGGAAGUCUCAUAACAGGUCGACUAGGAUUGAAAAAGCUUCUGGAGCUAGCGAGAAUAGUCGGUGCAAUGCCAACGAAAAAUGACAAGCGGCUAGUGAUGCUGAGGGUGCCAAUGCCCUCGGCACCGACCCUCGUCCACAGAGGAAAGAGAAAAACCAUGUAAUAAUUAUUAAACGCAUUAAUUUUCUGCUCUUUCAACGACACCAAUAAACAAUAAAAUAUUUCUAAUGCACGAAUUUUUAUCAAGUCAUUUGUGUUUGCUUCACAUUAUUCUAAUUCUCAGAAUAAUGACUCG